AUGUCAUCCUCUGCUGCCAGAAAGAACGCCAAAGACCCGAAACUCAAGCUUCGAUUCCACGGAACACAGCGCGCCUGCAGAAUCGGCGCAGGCUCUCUUGACCCGUGCGACAAUGACGAAUGCUACGUCUGCGGCAUUCUCAAAAAGGGCUUUACACUCGAUCAUGCCAACCUACGAGCGAUGUUCGGACCUGGGAUAUACUCUACUGUGGUCUCAUCCAAAGCAGACAUCUACGCCAAAAACCACCACGUCCGUUCCCACAAGCAUGUCAUCCUCCUCUGCGGACUUGAUCUUGGUACUCCCGUAACAAUGUACGCUGCAGGUCUUCCAGGCCCCUGCGAUUCGGUUGAAGGGGCUACCAAGGCAGAGGGCGGGGCGCUUGAGUAUCGAGAAACAGUCGUCUACGACCCAGCGAGAAUCAAACCGAUCGGUCUAGUCGUGUAUACGCGAGAAGGUUGGACGCCGCGUUGA